CUGGUCUUUUCUCCAUUCAACGUAUCAAUCAUGUCUAGGUUGCUCAUACAUCUCUCCGAGAUAGGAUACCCCGCCCACUGGCUUGCGUCCAUACUAUCAAGUAUUUUGAGUGGAAAAAUAAUGACUAGAGCACGUCCGCCUCGCUCGUGUCCCCUCUCUAUUGCAGAGACAACAGCCAAUCGGCCUGUGAGGACUACCACAGCGACACCAUUUGUUGAAGAUAUGCGAAUCCAAGCAGCCAUCCGGUUACCUCUCAUGCCGUUUGGCUUCUAUCCUAAAUCUACCACAUCUGGACGACAUCUACCGGUACAAGAUCCCCGUCAAGGGCGCAACGGCCUUGGGGUCCGAAGUGCCGCACUUCAUUCUUGUGCUCUUCAAUAAUAAUAUCUGGCCUGAUGGCGAAACCACAAACUUACGACAAGACCUUCUCGACGACGACAAUAGCAUACAGACUCCUGCAGUCAAGAGGUUUCGAGAGCAAGGAAUUGUCGUCACCAGCGUGUUCAAGUUCACCAAAGUGGUUAAAAACAAAGCUAAAGAGGCAGCCCUCUGGAUGGAUAGGCGCGUCAUAGAAAAAGAUGUUGGGUGAAGGGACUUGAAUGGUUGGUAUAUGGCGCAAUGAUGAUUGGAGUUCGCAAAGCGAGCCUUGCGACUUGAAGGAGGGGCCCAAAGGGCUAAAGAGAGGAGGAUGUUGGAUCGACGUGUCUACCAAGAAGGAUGUGCCCUGAGCUUGGCGAUUCCCGACGAGGGCAUCGCUGAUCGCAGACGCAAAAUAGAGCCGCAUAGCUAGGAAGGGUUUCUCUGAAUUGCCAUUGCUUGC